CCCCCGCCCGCCAGACCACGUGACUGCGCCCUCCUCUCCCGCUCACCUGGGCCUUUGGCCCCUGGCGACGCCCCCCGCCCCGCCUGUCGCCCACCCCGGAAUCUGAGGGGCUCAGGGACCCCAGCCCCGCCGGGCCCAUGGCCGAGCGGGAGGAGCGGCGCUUCGUGGAGAUCCCCCGGGAGUCGGUGCGGCUCAUGGCCGAGAGCGCGGGGUUGGAGCUGAGCGACGAGGUGGCCGCGCUGCUGGCCGAGGACGUCUGCUACCGGCUUCGCGAGGCCACCCAGAAUAGCUCUCAGUUCAUGAAACACACCAAGCGGCGGAAGCUGACGGUAGAGGAUUUCAACCGGGCGCUCCGGUGGAGCAAUGUGGAGGCGGUGUGUGGCUACGGCUCCCAGGAGGCUCUGCCCCUUCGCCCGGCCAAAGAGGGGGACCUCUACUUCCCCGAAGACAGAGAGGUGAACCUGGUGGAGCUGGCCCUGGCAACCAACAUCCCCAAAGGCUGCGCUGAGACGGUUGUGAGAGUUCACGUCUCUUACUUGGAUGGCAAAGGCAACUUGGAGCCUCAAGGAUCCGUGCCCAAUGCCGUUUCCUCGUUGACGGACGACCUGCUCAAAUACUACCAGCAGGUCACCCGGGCCGUGCUGGGGGACGACCCCCAGCUGAUGAAGGUCGCCCUUCAGGAUUUGCAGACCAACUCCAAGAUCGCGGCCCUGCUGCCUUACUUCGUUUACGUGGUCAGCGGGGUGAAGUCGGUGAGUCACGACCUGGAGCAGCUGCACAGGCUGCUGCAGGUGGCCCGGAGCCUGGUCCGCAACCCGCACCUCUGCCUGGGGCCCUACGUCCGUUCCCUGGUGGGCAGCGUCCUCUACUGCGUCCUGGAGCCGCUGGCCGCCUCCAUCAACCCCCUCAACGACCACUGGACGCUGCGCGAUGGGGCCGCCUUGCUCCUCAGCCACAUCUUCUGGACUCACGGGGAUCUGGUGAGCGGCCUGUACCAGCAGAUCCUCCUGUCGCUGCAGAAAGUGUUGGCCGAUCCCGUGCGGCCCCUGUGCUCGCACUACGGAGCGGUCGUGGGCCUGCACGCCCUGGGCUGGAAGGCAGUAGAGACGAUCCUCUACCCUCACCUGUCCACUUACUGGGCCAACCUGCAGGCCGUGUUGGACGACUACUCUGUCUCCAACGCCCAGGUCAAGGCUGACGGGCACAAAGUCUACGGAGCCAUCCUGGUGGCGGUGGAGCGGCUGCUGAAGAUGAAGGCCCAGGCCGGCGGGCCCGGCGAGGGCGGCGGCGGCGGAGGGGCCCGUCGCCCCGAGGACCUGCCUUGGGCCGGCCUCCUCCUGCAGGACCCGCCCGCCGGCGGGGCGGGAGAGCCGGGCUUCGGCCCGGGGGUCCCCUCGGCCCCCGGGGCCGCGGGGCCGGGGACCCCCGCCGCCCCCGCGCCGCUGGGAGACACCUAUCGGGAGCUCUACGCCUUCUUCGGCGACAGCCUGGCGACGCGCUUCGGCACCGGGCAGCCCUCCCCGGCCGCCCCUCGGCCCCCCGGGGGCAAGAAGGAGCCGGCGGCCGCGGCCGAGGCCGUCCGCAAGAUGCCCCAGCUGACGGCCAGCGCCACGGUCGGCCCCCGGGAGGAGGAGGGGGGCGGCCGGGGCGGGGGGCCGCCGGCGGGGGUCCCCGCGGCCCCGGCGGCGGCGCCCCCGGCCGAGAGCCGGCCCCCGCCGCGGCCGCACCGGCCCCGCGGGGCCCCGCGCCAGCAAGGCCUGCGGCCCGGCGCCCGGGACGUGUUCCAGAAGAGCCGCUUCGCCCCCCGGGCCGCCCCCCACUUCCGCUUCCUCAUCGCGGGGCGGCAGGCCGGCCGCAGGUGCCGCGGCCGCCUCUUCCAGACGGCCUUCCCGGCCCACCACGGGCCCAGCCCCGCCUCCCGCUACGCCCAGAAGCUGCCCAUGAUCGGCCGCACGGCCCGGCCCGCUCGCCGCUGGGCCCUCUCCGACUACUCCCUUUACCUCCCGCUCUGAGUCGCGGGGCGGCCCCGGGCCGGACGGAACGUGACUCCUCCGCCCUCCCCCUUUCCCCCCGGCGGACACCCCCUUCUGCCUCCCCAUUUUCUUCCUCUCCUGGCUUGAGCAAAGCGGAGGGGGGCUGAGAGCCGCCCCCCGUCCCCUUUCGCCUCCCCCGUCCCUUUCUCGCUCCUCCAUCCAUCCCCCGAGGAGGCUGAGGGGGCUGAGGGCAAAGUGGGGGAGCCACCCCCCGCCCCUCUUCUCCCCCCACCCCCCCCCCAGCCUGGCUCCAGGCGUGUGCGGGCUGAGGGGAAGGGGGGAGUCGGGGACCCCGUCCCAUUUUCCUGCCUCUGAGGGGGGCCGGGGGAGGUGUCCCCCCUGCCCUUUCUGGCUGCCCCCCCGUGGAGGUGGGGCUGGAGGGGGACCCUGCUGCUCGCCCCCACCCCCUUUUCUCUCAGCCCUGAGGGAGGCGGAGCUGCCCCGCCCCCCCAGCAGGGGGGGUCCCCUCACCCGGACCCUCCUGAGGGGCCCCUCGUGCCCCCCAGGGGCCUUCCUCCCCCCCCCCCGGGGCCCCCUGCAGCCCUCAGGGGUGCCCUGCCUAGUCCCUCCUGAGGGUCCCCCUGCGCCUCCCCAGGGGCCUCCCUGCCCCUCCGGGGGUCUUCUGCACCAACCGAGGGGCCCCCUACCCCCACCAGGUGCCCCCUGCACCCUUCAGGGACCCCACCCCGCCCCCUCGGCGCGCGUCAAUAAAGUCCGGUUGUGGGG